AUGAAUUCCUUCCUGCUUUCCACACUAUGCAUCCUUGGGGCCUGUGCAGCCCUGGCAGGGGGUGUCAUGGUACAGGAAGGGAAGUUUUCCUUUUCUCUAGAGUCUGUGAAGAAGCUCAAGGAUCUACAGGAGUUCCAGGAGCCCAGCAUUUGGAACAGCAAGGAGUUUGAUGGCCCCUUGGUUCCCACCCUCUGUAAAAAUCCAGAGUUUCCAGAGGAGCUCAAGCCGCUGUGCAAGGAGCCCAACGCCCCUCAGAUGCUCCACAGGCUGGUGGCCAUCGCCGAGAACCCAAGCACAUGUGAGAUCUGUGCCUUCGCUGCCUGUGCUGGAUGCUAA